CCCAUACGUACUACCCCGCAUUCCCAUACUACCUACACUCACAAUGCGCUUCACCGCAGCCUCCCUGCUGCUCCUCCCCCUCGUGGCUCUCGCCUCGCCCAUCGCCCAGCCCACCCUGGCGCCCCUCGAGGCCCCGUCAGGCGGCGACCACAUCGACGACGCUUACAUCGUCGUCUUCAAGAAGGGCGUUGAUGCCAGCCAGAUCGCCCUCCAUAUCGGAGAGGUCCAGGAGCUGCAUGCUGCCAGCCCUCUUCACAGCUCCUUGACUGACGAUGGCGAAGUCGAUGAAGGAGGUUUGAGGCACGUCUACUCCCCUCCCUCCCCAAGCUCCUCCUCUGGUUUCUUCGGUUAUGCCGGCAAGUUUUCCCCUAGCACCCUUGACGCCAUCCGAGCUGCUCCCGAGGUGGCCUAUGUCGAGAAGGACCAGAUCAUGACCACUCUCGAGGUUCCCCGCGGCGUCGAUGACGACGCGUCUGACGAGCAGGUCGAGCAGGUCGACGUUUCCGCCUCUGGUAUUACCACUGAACUCGGUGCCCCCUGGGGUCUCGCCCGUAUUUCCCACAGAGAUAGGCUUAGCCUCUCCACUUUCCAAAAGUACCUUUACUAUUCUGGGGGUGGCGACGGUGUUGUCGCUUAUGUCAUUGACACUGGUAUUAACACUGACCACGUCGAAUUCGAGGGUCGAGCCGUUUGGGGCAAGACCAUUCCCAAAAAUGAUGUUGACAAGGAUGGAAACGGUCACGGAACCCAUUGCGCUGGUACUAUUGGUUCUAGGAAGUACGGUGUCGCCAAGGAUGUCAAGCUUGUUGCUGUCAAAGUUCUUGGUUCCAACGGUUCUGGUACUAUGAGCGACGUCAUCGCCGGUGUUCUCUGGGCUGCUGAGCAGGCGACCGAGGACGCCGAGAGGGCUGCCCAGGAAGUCGCCACUACUGGCAAGACCAAACAUAAGGGUUCCGUUGCCAACAUGUCCCUUGGAGGUGGCAGGGCCAAGACUCUCGACGACGCCGUUGACGCCGCUGUCGAGGCCGGCCUCCACUUUGCCGUUGCCGCCGGAAACGACAACAAGGACGCCUGUAAUUACUCCCCCGCUGCCUCCAAGUUCGCCGUCACUGUCGGUGCUUCCACCCUCGGCGAUGAGCGUGCUUACUUCUCUAAUCACGGCAAGUGUGUCGACAUCUUUGCUCCAGGUCUCAACAUUCUCUCCACCUGGAUCGGCGGCAACUCCACCACAAACACCAUCUCUGGUACUUCCAUGGCUUCGCCCCACGUCUGCGGUCUUCUCGCUUACUUCGUCUCUAUUUACGGGACUGAGUCUUUCCCUCAUAUUAAGAGCGACUUUAACGAGUCUCUUGCCGCUACUCGACCUUCUAUCGUAUCCAUGGCCUAUGCUCAGGCUUACGCCAUGCUCCCUUCCCUAGCUCAGACCGUCCUCCCCAAGCCGGAGCUCCUACCUGUGCCCCCCAAGAAUGAUACUCUUACCCCCGACAUGCUCAAGAAGGCGCUCGUUGGUCUUGCUACCAAAGAUAUGCUUAGUGACCUCCCCGAGGGGUCUCCCAACCUUUUGGCAUACAACAACGCCACUCUUCCCAAGAGGAAGUAAAUGAUUCUCCCUGUGAAUCAAGUAGGAACGGAACUUUUUUUUUGCUAUUUUAAGAAAGAGACAUUACAAUAGAAGGGCAGAGAAGGGCGUGUGAUGGAAUGGCAGUGGGAUUUGUUUCUCAAUAUACCCCGUUGCUUAAACCCAGACCGUCUUCACUUUUUUACCCGCUAGUGUACGCAUCGUGUUUGAGAGUUAAGACGAUUUGUAUGUUAUGCUAAGAAUCGGAAGAGCUUAUGUAUCACUUUGCAAUU